GAAAUAACUGUUAAAUGCAUGGAUGGGGUGUUUUGUGUUUUGUUGUGUUUAUAUUGGUAUUUUUUUAUUUAAUUCCUCAGAGUGCAUGAUGAGGAAAUAUUCUUCUGUUCUUCAUCUUCAACCUAGAACUAUUUAAGCUGCUCUCUUUUAUUCUGGAGAGCUGUAGUAUACUACUGUUCUGUUGCUUACUGCUAGUUCUGCUGUAGAAAUUGGUUGAUUGGAACGAUCAAUAGGCUUAAACUCCAGAGAGGAAUUUGUUGGAGAUGGGAAGCUGCUGUAAUAAAUAUGUAACUGACUGUAACUUGCUCUCCUCUUGGUAGUUCAGCAGAUUGUAGCCAGAAAAAGUGCCUGUCAGCCUCUUGCUGUUCAUAAUCCUGUGGAUUCUCUGAGUGCCAAGGAAAGCGCAGCAGCAGCAGGAGCCUGUGAUGAGCUGAAUGGAAUUGAACGUUUGAGUGAGGAUGCAAUUGUGAGCGGCUCCUACAAGAACAAGACCCUUUGUGCCAACCCAGAGGACACGUGUGACUUUAACAGGGCUGCCCAGCUGGCCUCGACGCCCUUUCACGGGGUGGUAGCUCAGAGAGUGCCAGCUCCUGCUUUCUGUCAGGGUGAGCUGAAGGAAGAUAGCCCAGAAUCCAAGAGUGCACCUCUGAAUCAGGAGACACCGGUGGGUGUGUGAAGUGUGGAGCACUGCAAAGGUUGAGGCUCAAAAUUAAGAAGGUGAGCCACUGGGGACAAUGGGAUCUCAACUGUCAACCAAAAAAAAAGCUAACGUGGCAGCAGAAGAAAAAGCUAUAGUGAAUGCAUGGACCCUUAUGUUGCACCUGCAAGGGAUAAAAUGCAAUAAAAAGGCUCUGUGCACUUUAUUGCAGUGGUGUCGGAACCAUGGGGUAGAUGCCAGCGUAAGAGCUGCAUUUAUUGUGAAAAACUGGGAACAGGCUGGUGAAUUGAUUUUUGAAUCAGCUUCUCGAGGAGAUGAGACUGCUAAAAAUAUUAUGACUACCUGGAGGCUCGUGCUGGAUACCUUGAAACUGCUGAAACCUGAGCAACAUGCAAAAACAGCAGCUGAGGCACCGCAGGCACCACCUGCCAAGACUCCCAGUGAUAGUGGAGCUCAAGAGGGAGCAGCUGGGGGAGUAGAAGCCACAUCGAGUUUGCAGCUGGAAAGGACGGGGGAAAACCUAGAAGGGAAGCAGCUGUCAUCCAUGCCUCAUAUCCCUGCGACUCCGCCCACGCUGUGUGCCCCUACACCCCCAUGUCCUACACCUCCAGUUACCACAAACCCAUCCUCUCCUCCUCUGCCUACAGAUGGCUGGAGUGAUGAUAAACUCCUGUCAACAGCCCUGCCAGUGCUUGAUAGGCCUAAUCACAACCUCGGCAUGGAAAUAGGAGCCGGGAGCCAAGCGGCACUCGGCGCUGAGAGUUCCGGCAGGGAGCUGCCAGCACCUGGAGUGGAGGGACACCACAUCCCAUCAUGUCCACAGCCAAAGCCUGAGAGGCCUAAGGAACCCCCUCCAUUAGUAGAUUUGUGGGAUCCUAACAGGGGAGGCCCAAGUUGUCACACCCCUGCUGGCCCUCAGGAGGAUGCUUUUCCCAUGCGACCAGUACCAGCUACUGUCUCCGGAUGCAAUCGGGUUAGAUUUUGGCACUAUGUUAAAUUAAACUUUCUUGCUAGUGGGGAUCUUGAAGUUGCUGAACGACUUUCUGCACCACUAUCCCGGCUGUUCUUGGGUGGCCAAGAGCUUGUGUGUGGGACGACUGGCACUACUAUCUCAGCAUACAAUCCAGUUCGCUUUUGGGAACGUAUGCAAUUAAUGGCACUUGCUAGUGGAGAUUACAAAGUUGCUGAACGAAUUUCUGUACCUAAGUUCCCGCUGUCCUUGGGUGACCAAGAACUGGAAGACGAUUGGACUGAGCCCUAUAUUCAUGUCACCUUUAAAAUUCUCUCCCAGUUAUGCCAACUAGCCACCCAACAUGGACUGGGGUCUCCGGUCGUAACAAGGAUGUUACGGCUUCUAGCUGAAGCUGAAAUGACACCCUUUGAUAUCAAGCAAAUAGCAGGGUUGCUCUGUACCCCGAUUGAAUACAUGGUGUUUGAGUCCACCUGGAAGCAACAUGCAGAAAAGCAAGGGCUGCAUAAUUUAGUGGUGCCGCAGCAAGAUCCAUGCUUUGGGGCAGGGGUCCCUGAACUUCUGGGAUUGCCUCCCAUAAAUAACCCACAGGUGCAAGCACGCCUAAAUCCUUUGAUAUUGGCACAGGCAAGAGAUUUAGGAAUGCAGGCCCUGAUGAAAGUUGGUAACAUGGCAUUGGCAACUCCAACUCAGAGUUUUGCAAAAAUUAAGCAGGGCCCCAAAGAGCCUUAUGUGGAAUUUAUAGAACGAUUAAAAGAUGCCAUGGAAAAGCAAAUAGCAAAUGACGAUGCAAAAAAUCUGUUGAUGUUGUCAUUGGCACGAGACAAUGCAAAUGAAGAUUGCAAGAAAGCUAUAGACUUAUUACCAAGAAAAAAUCCAUCCUUAGAUGAAAUGAUUAAUGCGUGUGCUGAAGUUGGAACUCUAUCUUAUGAAAUGUCUCUGUUAGCUGAUUCCUUGGCAGCUGCUCUAAGGUCGCACCAGUGCUAUGGAUGUGGGCAACUAGGUCACAAGAAAGCAAAUUGUCCCCAUAGGUACAACUCAUGGGGGACACGUCAGAAACAGAGAGCUGGGCCUGUAGUGGGAAGCUGUUACCGGUGUGGAAAACCCGGUCAUUUCGCCAAGCAAUGCAAGUCUAAAUUCCACGCUAACGGACAACCUCUCAGUGGACAGGGAAACUGGAACAGGAGCGCCAAGGGGAAGUGCUUGCAGACACGAGUACCUUCUCGUCCUUCAGUGCAGGCCUAUGGAACCAGCUCACAGGGACAGCAGGAGGAUCAGCUGGCAUGGAUGUGUCUAUCGCUGGCAUUAUAACUUAGAGACUCAUUAAAGAUUUAUAAAAUCCCCCUCGAGGCCCAUGGGUCUGCUGGGGAAGGAUUAAGUACAUUACUAUUAGGAUGAUCAAGAGCAAUGUUACAGGGUUUUUUUGUCCACCCUGGAGUUAUAGAUGUAGACUAUACUGGACAAAUAUGUGCUAUGGUAUCAACACCUCCUCCUCCUGUACCCCUUCCAGCUAAAAGUCUUAUUGUUCAACUUGUACCUUUUAAGUCUUGUGUUCCUAAAACAGACUCAAAGCUGCGAGAAAACAGAGGCUUUGGCUCGACGGGGGAACCUGAAGUAUACUGGACUCAGAUCAUAUCUGAUCAAAGACCAAACAUGGUUUGUACUC